AUGCAGCAAAUUUAUUCAUUUCUUCUUACUUUCCAGCGAUUUCUCACUUGCGGCCGAGUAAGGAGACCCCCAUCGAGAUUAAAAGCCGAAGAUCUGCCUCAAAAACACCUGCGAGUAACACAGCCAUGUCUCGAAGAAAAUUUUGAUCAAUCAAAUUGCGAACAAUUGGGGUACGAAUCAGCCUCACACAGAACAAACAGCACUUGCAGUAGUGCAUACAGCGAUGGACAAUGCCCCAAUUCCCCCAAAGUUCCCAAGGGUCCUGCCUCGACACUGAUGCACACGGCAACGUCGAGCUUUCCGGAUCUCAUCGAAUCAGAUUGUGCCCACUCAAAUUGGGGCAUUGCUCAAAUUUUUCCCAAUGAGGAAUGGUUCCAGAAUGCCCCAAACCUCCCCUUUUCCUCAGCCGAUUACGAUUUUUUGUUGCCUAAUUUUACAUGCGAUCCCAAUAUCGAAAGUUCGUAUGUUCCAAUGAUUGGCGAUUCUCCAAUACUUGACACUUUUGAUUUUGACGAUUCUUGGUUGACUGGCGACAUCUCUUCACCAUCGCUUCCUUAUGCUGAACAAUUUCAAUUUUGUAGCCCGACGUCGAGUUACGAGAAGCUUUCAAACGUCUCAAGAGAAGCUGUAACAUCGGCUAAAGAUAGCAAGUACGCUGAUUUUUUGGAGUCUAAUUUCAGCGGACCGGCUCAGUGUGAUUGGAAAGGAUGUACUUCAAAGGCAACAUUUUCCACCCCAAAAGCUUUCAACAAACAUUUAAAGAAUAUACAUCUGAGACCCUUGGUCUGUGACGUUGGGGGUUGCGGCUAUCAGAAACCAUUUAGAAAUAAGUAUGACUUGGAACGACACCGACAAACUGCACACCUUCGUGCCCGUAACCACGAGUGUCCAUUUGUGCACUGUGGAAACAUCGGGUUCGCCCGCAAAGACAAACUAUGGGUGCAUAUCCGGGAAUGUCAUGAUCAAUCAUCUACUGUCAGUAUAUGUCCUGUAAUUCACUGCGGGAAAGAGGUUGAGACGCCUGUCUCCGAGCACAUACAGAAAGAACACGGAAGUUUUGAAUGCGGGUUGAGCACGUGUGGAAAAAAGCAAAGUCGCUUCACGGAUAUUCAACUCGAAAGUCAUUUGAGAAGCGCGCAUGGAUUGAAUCCUGGAGAAGCUUCGAAAGCUGUUGGGGCGACCAAAAAAACUUCAGAUAAAACGAUACGAAGAACAGAUCUCUACACAAAAUCAGAGAUAAGAGAAUGUGCCAUUUGCAGUCCCUAAUGUUUGCUCGGUGG